AACAACCUCCAGUUCGCUCGCGAAGCGCCGUGUCGAUGGAGGGAACGGCGCUCCUGCGCUCCUCCCUCUCCUGCGCCAGAUUCCUCUCCCGCUCCUCUCACGCCCGCCGGCUCCACCGACCUUCCUACUCCUCCUCCUCCUCCUCUUCUUCGUUUGCUCGCGGCGGCAGUCGCCCGGUUAACGGCGCCUCCCGGCGUCCCCCGCACCACCGGCGGUGCCGGUUUCUUCCCUCCUCGUCGUCGUCUUCUUCUUCUUCUCCGAUCAGGUUCGGCCGGAACUUCUCUGCGCUCUCUCCUCGCGCCAUCGCGACCCCGACUCAGCCUUCUCCAGAGGUUGCUGGUGUCCAGGACGGGGUUGCCGAGAAGUACGGAUUCGAGAAGGUGUCGGAAGAGUUCGUCAAGGAGUGUAAAUCCGGGGCGGCUCUCUUCAGGCAUAAGAAGACUGGUGCCGAAGUGAUGUCCGUGUCGAACGACGACGAGAACAAAGUCUUUGGGAUUGUUUUCCGGACCCCGCCAAACAAUUCCGCUGGUAUUCCACAUAUUCUUGAACACAGUGUCCUGUGUGGGUCCCGGAAGUAUCCUUUGAAAGAGCCAUUUGUUGAGUUACUGAAAGGCAGCUUACAUACUUUCCUGAAUGCAUUUACAUAUCCUGAUAGGACCUGCUACCCUGUUGCUUCCACUAAUAUGAAGGAUUUCUAUAAUUUGGUUGAUGUGUACUUGGAUGCUGUCUUCUUCCCUAAAUGCAUAGACGACAUUCAAACGUUUCAACAGGAGGGUUGGCAUUAUGAACUCAACAAUCCUUCAGAAGAAAUUUCUUAUAAAGGUGUCGUCUUCAAUGAGAUGAAAGGUGUCUACUCCCAGCCUGAUAGUAUCUUGGGUCGAGCUUCACAGCAGGCUCUUUUUCCAGACAAUACUUAUGGUGUUGACAGCGGAGGCGAUCCACAAGUUAUUCCUAAACUGACAUUUGAGGAAUUCAAGGAGUUCCAUCGCAAGUAUUACCAUCCCAGCAACGCUAGGAUAUGGUUUUAUGGGGAUGAUGAUCCAAAUGAGCGCCUACGCAUCCUUAGCGAGUACCUUGACAUGUUUGAUGCAAGUCCCGCUGCAAAUGAAUCAAAAGUGCAAACCCAAAAAUUGUUUUCCAAGCCAGUUAGGAUUGUUGAAAAAUACCCUGCUGGUGAAGGUGGUGAGUUGAAGAAGAAGCACAUGGUAUGCCUUAAUUGGUUGCUGUCAGAUAAACCCUUAGACUUGGAGACUGAACUUACGCUUGGGUUUUUGGAUCAUCUCAUGCUGGGAUUUCCUGCUUCUCCGCUGAGGAAAAUUUUGUUAGAAAGUGGUCUGGGGGAAGCUAUUGUUGGAGGUGGGAUUGAGGACGAGCUCCUUCAGCCUCAGUUCAGUAUUGGUUUAAAGGGUGUUUCCGAAGAUGACAUUCCAAAGGUACAAGAAUUGAUUAUGAGUACCCUGAAAAAGUUAGCAGAGGAAGGUUUUGAUACAGAAGCUGUAGAGGCAUCUAUGAAUACCAUUGAGUUUUCUCUCAGAGAGAACAACACCGGAUCAUUUCCCCGCGGCUUGUCUUUGAUGCUUCGGUCCAUUGGCAAAUGGAUAUACGACAUGGAUCCUUUUGAGCCACUAAAAUAUGAGGAGCCCUUGAUGGCCUUGAAAGCAAGAAUAGCCAAGGAAGGUUCCAAGGCUGUUUUCUCUCCACUGAUAGAGAAGUUCAUCUUGAACAAUCCGCAUCUUGUUACUGUUGAAAUGCAGCCUGAUCCAGAGAAAGCUUCCCGCGACGAAGCUGCUGAGAAAGAAAUUCUAGAGAAAGUCAAAGCAAGUAUGACAGAAGAAGAUUUAGCUGAGUUAGCACGUGCCACGCAGGAGCUACGUUUGAAGCAGGAAACUCCAGACCCACCAGAAGCUUUGAGAACUGUCCCAAGCCUUUCUCUGCAUGACAUUCCUAAAGAGCCUAUACGUGUACCUACAGAGGUUGGAGAUAUUAAUGGUGUGAAAGUUCUGCAACACGAUCUCUUCACAAAUGAUGUUCUUUACACUGAGGUUGUGUUCAAUAUGAGUUCUCUGAAGCAAGAACUUCUUCAAUUGGUACCUCUUUUCUGCCAGUCGUUGCUGGAGAUGGGGACAAAGGACUUGACUUUUGUGCAACUUAAUCAAUUAAUUGGAAGGAAAACUGGAGGCAUAUCUGUUUAUCCAUUAACAUCAUCAGUUCGCGGCAAGGAGGAUCCUUGUAGCCAUAUCAUUGUCCGUGGCAAAGCCAUGGCUGGACACACCGAAGACCUCUUCAAUCUGGUUAAUUGCACUCUUCAAGAAGUUCAAUUUACGGAUCAGCAGAGGUUUAAGCAGUUUGUGUCCCAGAGCAAAGCAAGAAUGGAGAAUCGACUGAGAGGCAGUGGCCACGGAAUUGCAGCUGCUAGGAUGGAUGCAAAGCUGAAUGUUGCUGGGUGGAUUUCUGAGCAAAUGGGUGGUGUCAGUUACCUGGAAUUUCUACGAGAUCUCGAAGAGAGAGUUGAUCGGGACUGGGAUGGAAUUUCUUCAUCUCUUGAGGAGAUUCGCAAGUCAUUGCUUUCCAGGGAUGGUUGCUUGAUAAAUAUGACUGCUGAUGGGGGGAACCUGAAAAAUUCAGAGAAGUUUGUCAGCAAAUUUCUUGAUAUGCUUCCCAGCAAUUCAAAUAUUGGGGCCAAUACCUGGAGGGCAUGCCUUUCUCAGGAAAAUGAAGCUAUUGUGAUACCCACUCAGGUUAAUUAUGUUGGAAAAGCAGCUAACAUCUACGAAACGGGAUAUCAACUUGAUGGUAGUGCAUAUGUCAUCUCAAAAUACAUUAGUAAUACAUGGUUGUGGGACCGUGUGCGUGUCAGUGGUGGGGCUUAUGGAGGUUUCUGUGACUUUGAUACACACUCAGGAGUCUUCUCUUUUUUAUCUUAUCGAGAUCCAAACUUGUUAAAAACACUUGACAUUUACGAUGCAACUGGAGCUUUUCUAAGAGAGCUGGAAAUGGAUGAUGAUACCCUAAACAAAGCAAUUAUUGGGACCAUUGGAGAUGUAGACUCUUACCAGUUACCUGAUGCCAAAGGUUAUAGCAGCUUGUUACGGUACCUCUUGGGAAUUACAGAGGAAGAGCGGCAAAGGCGGCGCAAGGAAAUACUGUCCACUAGCUUGAAGGAUUUCAGAGAUUUUGCUGAUGUAAUUGAAUCGGUUAAAGAUAAGGGAGUUGUGGCGUCAGUGGCAUCUCCUGAUGAUGUUGAAGCUGCAAAUAAGGAGCGUCCAAACUUCUUUCAAGUGAAGAAUGUGCUUUAAAUGGAUACAAGUGGCACAAGACGGAAAGGAAGGGGUAUGUUUUUACCCCAUUGUUAUACUUGCGAUGCUUGUAGGAUUGUUUCAGUGUUUCUGUCGCAUUUUAAAUCAAGUUAUAACAGGCAAUGCAACGAGGAGAGUCGAUGUAACGUGACUUUGUAUUCAUACAUCUCAAGUAAAGGAAAGGCGCAUAUUAUACCUUU